AUUUAACGUCUAGGUCUCCUCAGGUACUCGACACAACGAUUUCAAGAUGAUCCGUGCUAUUGCCCUUCUCUGUCUUAUUGCCGGUGCAUUUGCAAUCCCUGUUCCAAGGAAUAAUUAUCCUAAACCAGGAUGUGGACAGUACGGAUGUUCUCACAACAUCCACUUUAAUGGGCAUUCAGCCGCCACCUCAGCAGCUGCAAGUGGUUUAAACGCUGCUGCCUCUGCGGCAGCCGCCUCAAAUCAAGGAUUUAGUGGUCAUCAAGGUGUCAUUGACCUCAACAAUGGAUUUAAUGCCGGACUCAUCGGUGGAAACUCAGCUGCUGCCUCAGCAGCUGCAAGUGGUUUCAACGCUGCUGCCUCUGCCGCAGCCGCCUCAAACAGAGGAUUUAAUGGACAUCAAGGAGUAAUUGGCCUCAACAAUGGAUUUGAUGCCGGACUCAUUGGGGGAAACGCAGCUGCUGCCUCAGCAGCUGCAAGUGGUUUCAACGCUGCUGCCUCUGCCGCAGCCGCCUCAAACAGAGGAUUUAAUGGACAUCAAGGUGUAAUUGGCCUCAACAAUGAAUUUAAUGCUGGAGUCAUGAGUGGAAACUCAGUCGCCACCUCUCCACAGAAUGUUGGACCUUUUAAUAUACUACCUGCUUACCAAGCGCCAGGCGUGCAUUAUCCAUCCGGACCAGUAUUCAAUGGUGUCGGCGAUUCAUCUGCUGCUGCUUCCGCAUCUAGCGCCAAUAUGGGACCUAGAAUCGGAAUGGGAGGUUUUACUGCACCUCAAUUUACAAAUCGCAUCAACAAUUUCAUGUUUAAUCCCAUCUUAACUGGACAAAACCCCGGAGCUGCUGCUGCCUCCGCCGCUGCCUCUGCCAGCCAACGCGGUGCCGCCUCCGCUGCUGCUGCUGCCUCUAGCGCCAACUUGAGAUCAGGAAUCGGAAUGGGAGGUCUCAUUGGAUCCCAACUCACAGGUCACCUUAAUGGUCCUGUAAUUCAGCCUUUCCAAGGUGUACCAUACCCUGUUGGUCCCCUUAUCGGACAAAACCCCGGAGCUGCAGCUGCCGCCGCUGGUUUUGCUACUUCCAACGGUGCCGCAUCCGCGUCCGCUGCUGCAUCUGGAUCCCAAGGAUUUAUUGACGGUGGCAUUUUGCAAGGGAGAUCACCAAGGAUUAUCAACUCCAACAUUGUCCCUGGCAGAAAGGUGUACUAAUGUACAAGCAGUAUUAAAGCGGACUGUGAUAGACACAUACAAACAACUUUGGUGAUUGAGACUGUUUUUGUUAAAUUUAUUAUUGUUCUUUGAAUAAAUUAUUGUACAGUA